CUACUGCUAUAUGUUGUAUGUAGUUGUGCAUAAUAAAUUUUCUAUAAUUUGUUCCUUUUGUUUUUGUGUGAAAAUAUUCACAUGAAAUGUUGCUGGAAUAUAUGACGAUGCUGUUUAUUUUUGGAUUAACGACACAUAUUGAAAGGACCCGAUAUCUAGUACAAGCCUUAAAAAUGCCCACAAACGAUACCAUGCACGAUUUUAAUCACAACAUCAUAUUGGACAGUUACGACAAUACACAUCCGGAAUUCGAUAACUCCACGGAACGAGACGUCAUAGCAGCAGUGGGCACAACAGCACGUCUACACUGUCGUGUGAAAAACUUGGGCGAUCGAGCGGUAUCAUGGAUACGGAAACGUGAUCUGCACAUACUCACCAUUGGCAUAAUGACGUAUACCAAUGAUCAAAGGUUUCUAGCGCGGCACAUAGACAAUUCCGAUGAAUGGGUAUUAAAAAUAGUGUCGGUGCAGCCGCGUGAUGCGGGCGUAUACGAGUGUCAAGUGUCGGUGGAACCAAAAAUAAGUCAAGCCUAUAAAUUAAUGGUAGUUACUUCCAAAGCACAAAUUCUAGCCAACCGUGAACUGUUCGUGCAAAGUGGCAGUGACAUUAAUUUAACCUGCAUUGCACCACAGGCUCCUGGUCCCUAUACUCAUAUGUUGUGGUUUAAAGACAGUGAACUAAUCAACGACUCAACACGGGGCGGCAUACGCGUCGUGUCGGAACAACAAAUGAAAACCAGCAAUCUAGUGAUUUCACGUGUAACACACACCGAUUCGGGAAACUACACCUGUGCGGCAGACAAUUCAAAUAGCGACAGUGUUUUUGUACAUAUCAUCAAUAGUGAAAAACAUGCCGCCAUGCAACAUGAGUUAGCGUCACGACUGCAUAUACCACGUAGCCUUUUAGUGAUACUAACCUUCUUCUAUACGCAUUGUAGUGAUAUAAUGUGGAAAUUGUGUGUAAAUCCUUUAAAGGCUAAAGUUUACAGUUCGAAGGUAGCAAAACGUUCAAACUUCAAGGAAAAACUCAACUACAAAAAUGUACCUAAGAUCUCAAUAAACAACUUUGUCCAACAUAUGAACUUCCUAGGAAUGAUUCUUAACUCCGUUUAG